CUGGGGAUUUGGCUCAGUGUGAAGACCCUGAGUUCAAGGUUCAAACCCAAGUACCAAAAAAAGGGACUGGGAGAAGCAGAGUCUUGCUGAAAAGGCCCAGUCCUGCCCUCCUGUGGGAACUCAGAGGGCAGCAGGGGGACGGAAGCCCAGGAGGUGCAUUGCACAAGUAGACUCCGCGGAAGUCCUUCCUGAGUCUACUUUAGCAGGCGCUUCUGAGGCCCCAGGGGUCAGCGCCUGGUGGAGAGCCACAGCCGGACCAAGGUCCUGGGAUUCCGGAGUUCCUCCUCGGCAGUGCGGAACGCUCAGGGCGUGCCGUCGCUUGCUCUCUGGCACCCCCAGUUGGCCGUGGAGAGAAGGGCUGCAGGACCCUCUGUGCCGACCCCGCUGGGUGCCCUGCACCCCCGGAGACCCGGCGGCCUCGCGAUCCUAAGGCUGGGCUGUGGCCUCUCAGGCAGCCUGCGGUCCAGGCUCGGCCCUUCCCCGGCCCUGGGACAUCUGCUGCCCUCCUCCUCCUGGCACCGCCGGCCCAAGUUCGGCUCCAGCCUGGCCCCGCCAGCCUCAGUGCUGCACCAGCCCGAGAUGGCAGGUCACCUGGAGGACGCAGGGCGGGGACUCGGACAGAGUGGCAGAGGAGGCAUCGCGGGCAGUGGAGUGACCUUGAGGCCACAGCAGGGAGUGGGCUCGAGCGCGAGCACGCUCAGGCGGGUUGGCAGUGCGGUUCCGGCGGAUUGGUAGGAGGUGGCGGCACAGUUUCCAGGGACCAGUCCUACACAGGGAGCCCUGGCCUGACAGAUGUCAAGAGCGAUCUUCACGCCUCUGCAAGGCCCAGGUGCCCCAGACCCUGCGAGCAGACAUCCAUUUGUGUGCCCGCUGUGCCACACGUAGUACGAGUGCCCUACCUGCUUCCAUGAGUCCUGCGCCGGCUGCCUGCGGGGCCGUGGCAUCGCUAGCCGUCCAUCCUGCCUGCCGUGCCAAACCCAGGUGCAGAAGGGGAAGCUUGGGCCUGGAACGCAACGCGAGGGUGGGGUGCAGAGCGGCCACCUCUCCACAGACACCCGCAGCGGUGAAAGACUGGGCGGGCUGCCCCCACCCUCGGGACCACUCCUGCAGUUCCUGGUGGGCAGCUCCGCUGGCGUGGAAGCCUUGCUCUGCGCCCACUGCAACCCGGCCUGCAGCAAGCAGGCAGGAGGCGGAGGUUCCAGGGGGUACCGGAGUGACCCUCCAUCUGCCCGGGGCGCGCACACCACUGUAAAUGUCCUACGUGCAGUUCCUGCCCACCCCCGUCCUGGCCGCUUCCCUUUGCUGCCCCUUGGUUGCGGCUGCAGGGGCCGGCGGCAGGGACACGUGGUCCUUGCCCGCAGCCCAGCUUCCGGUGGGGACAGUGAGGCUCGGCCGCAAGGUCCGAAGCCGCAACCGAGGCUCGCACUGACCGGGGGCCGCACCCGCCUCUAUCCCCAGGAGCCCAGACCACGUACUUUGGCGACACCUGGGGGGGGACUCCUGGAGGCUGAGGCCACCCUGUCCCCAGGCCUAGGAGCCUUGCAGAUGGCCAUGCGGGAGGCCAUCCGGCUGCUGCAGGGCCUGGUGGAGGAGGUGCCAGAGGAGGAGGCCGCCAUCCAUGUGCUCCUUGGGAGCCUGCAGGGCACCCUGGCCAAGAGGAAAGCACUGCUGCAGGCUGUGCAGAGCCAGUAUGAAGAGAAGGGCAAGGCCUUCAAGGGGCAGCUCUGCCAUUUGGCCACCCUGCUGCCCAUGCUGCAGGUUAAGGGGAGCAGGGGUGCAGGCUGGAUUGCCUGAGACCACUGCGCAGAGUUUGGUGGCUUGGAGCCUGUACUGCUGGCCAUGCCCACCAGGCUGGGGGCAGUGCCUACACGUGAGCCACGCAGGGGGUGGGGGCAGGGCCUGUCCACCCACAGCGGAACCUCUAGGGAGAACACCCAGGUGGCCUGCACCGUGGUGUUGUGUACACACCUGCAGUCCCAGCACUCUGGGAGGAGCCUGGAGGACUAGGUCCAGAAGCUGCAUCCGGACCUCACGGAGCCCCACACCCUCAUUGUGGUGGGCCGGGAGCUGGACUCGCUCAGCCUCUGCCGAGGGCUUAUGGGCCGGCUUCCAGGAGGUAGCGGCUCCCUGAGGACCAGCCUCACCGCCGUGCAUCACCCGGGACGGGAGGGGAGGAAGAGGGAGGCCACCUCCUGGCAGGUCUGGGACCCCCAGAGUCUGCCAAAGGGAACCACAAGGAGGCCCCCCACAGUCCAGCUCCAGGACCUCUUCCAGCAGAAGCGAGAGAGCACCUGUCUGACCUCCAUCACCCGGCAGAUCAUGCCCUACAUGCGCUCCAUUGCCAAGGUAAAGGAGCAGCUGGAACCCAGGUUUCUGGCACCUGGGGACAAGUUGUUGGAGAAUCUCAACCUGUACGAUGACAGUCGGGAUGGUGAGGCGCUGGCCAGCAAAAGCAAGUGAUGGAUUUCAGAGACAAGCACAGGAAAAAGGAAGCCUGUGGGUUUCACUGCCCUCUUGGGACCUGCAGGAAACCAGUUCUGCAACCUGGCUGGGCCUCUCGACUUCCUAGCUGGCAGAUGUGAUUCUGGCAGGACCACUUUACAGUGAUAAAGGACUGUGGCUGCUGCUGCAUUCUUCAUUCCUCCUGAGGGUGCAGGCUCUGACCUCCAGUGUUAACAGUGCCAGAGGCAGAGAAGGAUAUGCAGUAACAUCUGGUAGUGCAGGCUGGUCCAAGAGAUCUUCCUGCCUCACCCUUCCAGGUCCUGGGUUUACAGAUCCGUUACUGUUACAAGCUGAUCUCAGUGUCUGGCUCUCUGUAGAACAGAUCUGCACUGUUGCAUCUGAAACGCCGGGCACUGGUACUCGAAAGUCCUCAC